AUCCGCUGUUGCGAAAAUGUGUAGGAUAGGCCUAGUGUAAUGUACAAUAUGACAACAAACAAGUCUGCAUUUAGUAAAUAAUACAAACAUGGAGUGCAGAAUUCCUAGAUCCAUCUAGUGUGAUGACAUCAAUACACACACCCAGCAAUAUGAGUCACAGCUUUCAAGGAGGAUCCUCCGUAGCUUGGACAGGAGAAUCGCCUGAUCUGUCAGCAUCCAUGGGAAAAUCUGAGCUGAAGGAGGCAUAUAUUACAGGUAGAAGGAGACAGAUGGGUUUCAAAGCAAGAUCAGUGCAAGAAAAGGAGGAUCUCUACCUUCAGUUAAGGGAUCAGCAAAUCAAGUAUAUUAAAGAAACAUUUUACCAAAAGGAAUGCAACAAGUUCAUACCUUUGCCAGGCCAGUGUGGUAAUGGAAAAACAAUAAAAGCCAAAGAUGUAAAGUGUCACUGUGGUGAGGUUUUAAUGAUGCAUGCUGGAAUUCAGUCAAGAGCAACUCAUUCUCCUUAUUCAAAUGCAAGGACCACUAUUCCCCCAGAAUUUGAAUAUUUAUUAAAAUACCAAGACCAAGAUUUAAUAGAACUUCCAAAGUCCAAAGACACUUGGGAUCAAUCAAGCUGCUUUUCAGUUACACCUACAACUGCUUUUGGGCGGAUUGAUUUUAAUGUAGAACAAGUUGGAGGCAAAAAACCAUCAAAGUACCUAAGGCUGUGCAUCAAAAAUAACGUUGAGGAAACUGUUGACAAAUGCUUAGACCUUCUAAAGAAUUACUGGAACAUGAUGGACCCUGAGCCCCCUCACCUAGUCAUCUCAGUUGUUGGUGGGGCGAAAAACUUUAAGCUGGAUGGUCGCAUGCGGGAAACAUUUUCCACUGGUCUUAUAAAGGCUGCAAAGACAACAAAUGCAUGGCUGAUAACAUCUGGCUUCAACAUGGGAGUAAUGAAGGCAGUGGGGCAGGCAGUGCAUGAAGGUCAAAGUUUUCAGUGGAAGAAUGAUAAAAUGACACACGUCCUCAGAUGUAUUGGCAUAGCACCGUGGGGCUAUGUGAAAGGGAGGAAGUAUUUAGAAAGUUCUGAUGGAAAAGGAAAAUUUAAUGCCUACUACCGUACCAGUAAUCAGAUCAUUCACAAACAGCCUGUACCUUUAAAUCCAGACCACACCCACUUUAUAUUUGUGGAUGAUGGGUACAGGUACAGGUAUGGUGGAGUGGCAGAUUUUAGGUCCAAAUUUGAGAAGAAGAUUGCCUCAGGUUUAGCAGAAAAGGGUCUGGAAAUCCCCCUGGUGUUGUUGUUGGUUGAAGGUGGCACAGAUGCCAUCCAGGAUGCCAGCGUGUCAUUAGCGCAGGGAAUUCCUGUUGUUGUAUGUGCUGGCACAGGAAGGGCUGCUGACAUCUUGGCUUAUGCUUACAACCAUACCAAGACUAAUGGAACAAGCCGUGUAAUGAAAGACACACAUCAGGACAAACUGGCACAGAAGAUUUACAUCGCCUACAAGGAUAACCUCAAACAGGGAAAAGAAAAAGAUGAGUUGGAGGCCCUGAAGGAUAAGGUCAUUGACUGCUGCAAGAAUGAGGAUCUGAUGACAAUUUUCAAUAUGAAUAAACAUGAGGAUUUGGACUCUGCCAUUUUGUCAGCUCUGUUUAAAGCAAAAAUCUCUUCUUCCCGUGAGAACCAAUUGAACCUGGCUUUUACUUGGAAUAGAGCAGACAUAGCACAAGAGGAAAUUUUUAGGGAGGAUGUCAUAUGGAAGGAAGGUAGCCUGGCUGAGUUUUUAACUAAAGCACUGAUUGAGAAUAAAGUUGAAUUUGUGAAACUUUUGCUCAACAAUGGAAUCAUCAUGCAGGAAUAUCUUACCAAGACAAAACUAGAGGCUCUGUAUAAAUCAAUUCCAAAGCAUUCCCAUCUGCAACAAAUCUCAUCAUUCCCUAAAGAAGAGCAUUUGAAUUUGGACUCAAUAGGAAAAUUCAUCCAAUCAAUGCUUGACAAGUAUGAACACAACUUUUAUGUAAAGGAGGAUAAAUCUCACAAGUUCUCCAACAACAAUAACGUGUCCAGCAUACUGUUUGCCUCGGCUCUCAGACACAAGGACCUUGACUCAUCAGAUGAUGGCACAGAGCCAAAUGCCUUCAUGUGGCCGUAUAAACAAUUGCUUAUUUGGGCAGUUCUUCUAAACAGAUAUGAGUUAGCCCACUUGUUUUGGGAACUAGGAGAGGAACCAAUUGCCAGCGCCUUGAUAUGCACUGUACUGUGUGCCAGGAUGGAUGUCAAGGUGCCUAAAUAUCUCACAGCUCUCAAAAACGAUUUCCACAAAAUGAAAACCGAGUUUGAGCAAAUAGCGAUCAGUGUGUUAGACGAGUGCCAUAAUGUAGACCCUGACAAAGCAAUGAUGUUGAUAGAAAGAGAGUCGCCAGUUUGGAAUGGCUUGACCUGUCUUCAGAUUGCAGCCUCUGCCUCAGAUCAGGCCUUUGUUUCUUCAGUUGCUUCUCAAAACUCCAUCAACAAUGUGUGGAAAAAUGGCAUUGCAGCAAGUUGGCCGAAGGUGUUUUUAUGUGCACUCUUCCCACUGUUGAUUCCUUUGAUUAUGGAGAUCAGCAUGUUUGGGGAGAGAGUUCAAAGGCAUAAAGACAAACUUAUUUUGUUCUACACCUCACCACUGACCAAGUUUUCACUCUACUCAGCCUCAUACCUGGCAUUCCUGGCACUGUUUACCUACAUGCUGAUGGUUGACUACAUGAAGGAACCUUCAGUCACUGAGUGGAUCAUCUUGAUAUGGAUCAUCAGUUUGCUCGUUGGGGAAAUCCAUUCGUUUAUAGUGUUUCCCUCGCCAUCAUUCAGUGGGAAGCUGAGAGAUUUCUUUGGAGUGCUGGACAGGCUUGCCUUUAUUAAUUAUGUCCUGGCCAUCAUUGGUUUCAUUGUGAGGUGGACACAUCGCAGCGAGACCAAGGUCAUCUACUGCAUCAAUGCCGUCAUAUUUUACAUCCGUGUCAUGAAACUCUAUACUGCAAACAGGCGGCUGGGUCCCAAGAUUUACAUGAUAAAUCGGAUGCUUCAAGAACUGGCCAUGUUUGUUAUGGUGUUGAUGGUGUUUUUGAUGGCCUACGGUGUUGCAAGCCAGGGUUUGCUGUACAAAAACAGAAGUAAAGAAUGGCUCAUCCUUAAGGACAUUCUUUACUUUCCUUACUGGCAACUCUUUGGGGAGCUAUUUCUGGAAGAGCUGGAAACUGAUGGAGCUUGUACAUCCAGCCUUAAAGCUUCUCACAACUUCACUGCCCUGCCUGAUGAGUUCAACACUUGUCGCACUUAUCACUGGCUGGUUCCCUUGCUGCUGGCCCUCUACUUGCUCAUAGGAAAUGUCCUUCUGCUCAAUCUGCUCAUUGCCAUUUUUAGCCACGUGUUUGACACUGUAGAGAAAAAUGCUAUCGACAUUUGGAAGUUUCAGAUGUACUCUCUUGUGAUGGAGUUUAAAAACAGACCUCUCUUAUUCCCACCCCUUAGUAUUCUGUCUGACAUAUCUACUUUCUUUCAAUGGGUCUACAAGAAAAUUUCUGCUAAAAAAAGAAUGAAAACUGAGCUGUACCAGAAGCAUCAGUUGGAGUUUCUUUCAUUCUUUGAGAAGGAGAUGAUGGCCAACAAGAUGAGAACCAUCAAAGAAAAUGACAUGCAGUCAGUGGACACGAAGUUCCGAAUUUUACAAACCAGGAUGGAUGAACUGAGGCAGGUGAUAGAGGAUGAUCUCAUGACUGAGCAGCAGUACAUGAUGCAGGUGUUUGAUGCUGACCCUAAAGCAAUAACCAAAGUUCAGGUAGAAGAGAGUAACCCAGGUGUGAACACCACUGCUCAGGAUUCUUCUGAGCCAAGAAGAAAACACAAACACAAGAAGAAAAAAAAGAAGAAGGACAAGGACAUGCCAGUUGUAGAAGAGGUGAAGGAUGAAAGUUCACCUGAUGACAUCGUCACUGACAAAAAGGUCAAGGUCAUACCUGAGGUUGACCUGACAGACUUUGACAUGCCCAGGAUACAAGCAGUUGCCUCCCCUAAAGUAGUACUCAGCCCCACCACCUCCAAGAGGUUCAACUAUUCUGAGAUAGAUUCCGAGGAGGAGAUUCCGCUAGAAAUUUACUCUCCUCGUGUACCUAAAAUUAGCCUGAGACCGUCCAUAAGCUCCAUAGACUCGCACAUCAUAGACAACACCCCAGGGGCUUCGUAUCAACAGGUGACACAACGAAAAUCCCGGCAACAGUUUUCAUAAUACCUGGUCGAAUACAUACUUCAAUAGGUUAUAAAAUACUUGAUGCUGCUGAUUUGACUGCUCAAGGAACAUCUUUGUAACAGAUAUACAUAAAAUAUUAUUAAUGACGCAAUAUGUAUAUUUAUUUUACAUUUGAAGAUAUCAUGAAGAUAUUGUUGAUGAAUAUUCACUGUAUUUGUGAAUAGAUUUGUUUUCAAAAUGUCUUUAUUCUAAGUGACUUGUAUUUUAUUAUUUAUAUGAGGGUAUUUAAAAAUACCUAAUUGUUGCAAAAUGUAAAAUAUAAAGUUAUAACAUAAAAUUGUCAUCAAUAUUAUUACUGACAAGUUAAAACCUUGUUAUAAAUCACGACAUGUGUAAAAUAUAAAGUAAUGUUUGUCAUCAACACACAUGAUAUUGAUAUAAAACAUCAGCUAAUGUUAAUCACUGACCCACAUCAACUAUUUUUUAUUUUGUAAAUCCUUAUGUGUGUAAUGAUUUAGUAGUCUCCCCUUGCACAUUAAACUAGAUUGAUGUAUAGUUAACACCUUAUCUCUGAGAGCUGGAUUAAAUGAAGCUUCUACAAGAUUUGUUUUUGUUUUAACCUGAAAGAUAUACCAAAAAAUAAAGAUCUCUUUAUCUGGC